AGCCAGGAUGCCCAGAAACGCUAUAUGUCACUUGCACAUUUAUUUCUACGCGAACGCACCUGGAUGGCUGAAUCAUCUGUUUACUUGUAUCUGCAUUGUUCUAUUUAUAAUUGGAUGUACGGGAAAUGUCGCUGUUAUUUUCCUUAUUCGUCGAUGUAGACAGUUACGAGGUGCACCCGUCAUUCUUUUAGUAAACCUUGCAGUAGCCGAUAUUUUAGUUUGUCUAACGUAUUUCCCAUUAUAUACAUAUCUUAGAGUGUUUCUUUCUUCUAAUAGUAGCGUCUGUGCAGUUACAUUUUUCUUGGAAUUCCAGUCACAAUUAUGUUCAGCCUUGACAAUCGCAUCUAUUAAUUUUGAGAGAUGUUACGUUUUGAAAUACCCACUCAGAGUUCGCACUGUCAUCACUUUCAAAAGAAAACUAUUAGUUACAGCCGGUAUCUGGGUGAUUUCAAUCUUGUGUUCAAUUCAUGUUUUUUUAUAUUCUUCUCAAGACUUCAAUUUGGUUGUUGAUCUAAAUGACGAGUUUGACAAGUGGCAACCUACAACACAAUUUAUAAUUCCGGCAGUCAUCGUUGUAGUAUCUUGCAUCAUUACAGCUGUAACACUUAUUAAAAGAAUACACAGUAAUCGUUUACAGGAGUCCAAUCAAAUUAACGUGUCCACAGGCAUUUCUCUCAGAAAUCAAAAAAAGGCUCUAAAAACAGUGAUCACCGUGGCUGUUGUCUUUCUGUGCAUGACGUCACCGAGUGCAAUUUUUCGUUUUUGGAUUAUAAACAAUGUAUACUAUUUUUCCGCGACACCCUGGUUCAUUUUUGCUAAUCUACUUAGAGUAUCUAAUAGCUGCGUUAAUCCAUUUAUUUAUGCACUCAUGUCCAGUAGUUUUCGAUCGGCCAUCGAAUCAACGUUUUGCUGUAAAACAGAUUCGACAAACAGGCAAAAUUUAAAUUUUAACUCUAGAAGUAGACCGUUGCAAAACAGAGUUUAGAAACAAUGAUAAACUAGGCCAAGAGUGAUCUUCAUUAAAUAAGGCUGCAUUCACAUCCGACCCAAACCAAAAAUCCGACCAGGUUUUGAAUGCACUACGCCAGCGUCCCUACUCUUGUGACAGAGUGAUACAGUAACUUAUAUAUAUACACAAAGGUCUUAGCAUCAUAUUUUUAUAAUAAAUAAGUGUAUUUAAGGAGUUGAAGAUGUUUGCUGACAAAGGUUUAGUUAUUCAUUCCUUUGAAUAAAUAAAUUUAAAAAAAAAAUUUACUGAUGGUGUGUGUAUGGAUGAGAUAACGGGAUGAGAUACAUGGAUAGAUGGAUGCAUGCAUGAUGACAUGCAUGAUGGAUAGAUAAAUGGAUGGCUUGAUGGAAGGAAGAUCAAUGAUGGACGAAGGAAGCCUUAGGAAGGCAUACAAUAAAUCAAUUCAAAAGAACGGACAGAUGGACAAACGAACGAAUUCAAACGAACGACAAACGACCCAAUGAAUUAAUUCAACACAUUCACUUUCACUCUCUAAAAUUAUUCGAUUAAAAAAAAAAAUAAUAAAUAAAUAAAACACAAAUUAAAUACUUGAUUCGGUACGAGGUGAAUAGGUGUAUUUUUUGUUUAGAAUUAACUAAUUUAUAUGAUUGCAUGUAAUUAAUUGUUUAUUGAAACAAAGAUCGCUAUAUUUAAAUGAUUAUUUGAAAUGUAAUUUUAUGUGUAACCUCGGAUACGGCGUCCAACAUAUAUAGAAUAGUAAUAAUAAUGUACCAUCAAAUUGUACGUUUCAAUUUAUUGUCUUCGUUACCCUAACUGGGGUUUUAUUCAUCAUCAAUAUAUAGGCCACUGGCGAUUAUAUAAUAAUAAAAUAUAAUAAUAUAAUAAUAUAAUAUAAUAUAAUAUAUAUAAUAUAAUAAUAUAAUAAUAAAAUAGCAAACUUAAUCACUAUUGUGUUAGCAUGAGAACCUCAACCACCCAGAUUCAUAAAAAUACAAUGCUCAAAAUUUAAUAAAACAUUUUUACUAUAUUUUUACUUUUUUUUUUACAGAAAUGUAAGUUGAAAACUUUGCGUUGAGCAAGAGUAAACAAUUAUUUAAGUUACUAUAAAAUGUCUUGAGAAAAGUGUAAAAUGAAUUAAUUGAAGCAUUUAAAAAACCGUGUUUAUUUGUCGAUAUAUUAGCCGUUAACAU